AUGCAUCCUGGCCUUCUGUUGAGACCUCUGCUUCUGGCUCUUGAACACCAGCCUGGAUCAAACCAAACCUCCCACCUCAAACAAGCAGAACAGCUGGAUAAUUUUAAAAAUCUGUCUGACAGUGAGAACCUGAGAGGGCAAGAUCCUGGAGAGAAUGGAAACAUAGAAAGGUUGAAACGCCCAGAUGUCCCAUGUGGGGUUGGAUGCUGGUGCCGCCUCCACCCACUGCUCACCCCUUGGCCUCCCUGUCUUUGGGACUUUGCAUCAGCCUGUCAUCUACUGACAGGUAAUAAGAUAGAGCAUUUGAAGCACACGGCUUCCACAGCAGACUGCCUUGCCGGGGAUGUGGAUGGAGUCGGGUGCAGCCCAGUGGGCCAACCCGGGUUCAGGCAUCUGACUGUGCCCUCUGAUUCCGGAACAGCACAGCCGCCUGUCUGCUGGGCCCUGGGCGCUCAUCCACUGUCUCUGCGGUACCUACGGGCUCUUCACACGGAGGCGACUAAGAAAACAUUUCUCAGAGAGAACAGACUUGAAUGGCAACGUCCCUGCAUAUUAACAGAAACGGAGGAGUAUUUAGAGCUUAUGUGGUUUGAAUGUGACUUUCUUACCAGACUAGCCCAGAAUAACAAUUUAGUUAUUUUCGAAAACGGCUGUGCUUCUAAAUAAUUAGAUAUUGUAAUCAUUUCCAUCAGUGACUCCAUUCGGAGCCCUGUUUCAGUUAACAUGGUCAUUGUGCUACCGUGGCCUGCAUGUACCGCUCGGUCUUUGGAAAUAGGAAGUGUCUGUUAAGCGUUCUAUUAUUUCUGCUGCCCACCACAAGCUCUGCUAUAUUUUUCCCAGUGUUCCUAUUUGGAGAAGGAUUCUGUGCUGUUGAAUUUUGAUAUUCCUAGUGUCCUCUGCAAAGGUUGUCUCUCAUUUGAGUUGCUUCUUUUAACCCUUGGCAGUGGUUUUGAAGAGAAGAGGCACAUGAAGACAGUCUGAGUAUUUUGUAAACAACCAAAGCUGAUUUAUCAAAAGAGCACUCUUUUCUAGUGUAACGGUCUCUGUCAAACUUCUUUCUCUAUUCCGAGUGUUGGAGAAUGUGCUGGGUCUGGCCUUUGCAUUUGGAAAGUUAGAAUGACGCCUCCUUCUCUGUUUUAAUAUAUUUCACCUCUCUGAGGCAGACGGAUCAGAAACUCACAAGGAAAAGCGAUGCCCUUUCCUGUGGCGACAUUAACCAGAAUCACGUGGAAAACAAUCCAAGCCUUGUAGGAAAAGGGAGCCAUUAAAAUGUGCCCUGAGCGAUUGGCUGCACCCAAUCUUGCAGCCUGGCUCACUCGCGGCAGCAGACAGGAGGCUGCUCCCCUGGAUGGAGAGAGCCUUGUUGUAGUGCCACAAUUAAAAUCAGCUCCUCUGCCAAAAAUAAAAGGGAGGAGGGAGGAAGGAGAACAUCAAAGACAGACUGAAAUGUGUAGUUAGUAGUAAGAGUGGUCUCCUCUUGAACCAAAGCCUGCAGCGAUUCACGGCCCCCUUGUUAAUGAGAAAUUUUGACCUCUGGUUUGUAAGUUAAAUUUGUAAU